AUGGCCGCGCUACCAGCUUGGAAUUUGCUCGCAGGCAAGACAGCCGCCAUCACCGGGGGCACCACUGGAAUUGGACGAGCGAUUGUUUUGGCAUACAUUACACAAGGAUGCAACGUUGCAGUCAACCAUUUGGGGCUUUCGAAGGAUGAAGGCCACCGACACAGUCUCCUCGAAGAAGUCAAAGUGAUUGAGCGAAAGGGUAUCAAAGCGGGGAAGAUCCUCGAGCUUUCUGGUGAUGUUACCAACCCGCAGACUAGCGAGGAUCUAGUUCGAGCAGCAGUGUCUCAAUGGGGCAAGCUCGAUGUGUUUGUUGCCAAUGCUGGAGUGUUUAAGCAAGCAGAAUUUCUCAAGAUCCAGCCUUCGCUACUAGACCACAGCGUUGACGUCAACGUCAAAGGUACAUUCUACUCUUGUCAAGCAGCUGCUCGACAGAUGGUGGAGCAAGGACACGGAGGUUCGAUCAUUGGAAUCUCCUCCGUCAGUGCUCUUCUAGGUGGUGGACUUCAGACACAUUAUACCCCGACCAAGGCUGCAAUUCUUUCAAUGAUGCAAUCGAUGGCAAUCUCGCUGGGCAAAGAUCAGAUCCGGUGCAAUGCACUGAUGCCGGGGACAAUCGCUACUCAAUUGGCCGAUCAUGAUAUGAAAAACCCGACCAAGAAGGCGGCUCUCGAAGCACGGAUCCCACUUGGUCGCAUUGGUGAUCCCAAUGAUAUGGCCGGACCGGCUGUAUUCUUGGCUUGUGAGGAGAUGAGCCGCUAUGUAAAUGCGACAGGAGUACUAGCGGACGGUGGAAUGUUCAGCAAUUUACAAUAA